CGACUCCGCAGUCCAGACUGGCGCCGGGAGCCCUGCACCCCACACCCGCGACCGUGCGGACGUCCAGGCCCAGAGACCCCCCCAGCCCCGAGGGACGAGCUCCCGCCGCCUGGCCCGCGGAACCAGAGGCAGAGGCAGCCUCCUCCGGGCGGACCCAAUGUUUGCCAUCCAGCCAGGGCUAGCUGAGGGGGGCCAGUUCCUGGGGGGGCAACCUCCUGGAUUAUGUCAGCCCAAGCUCCAGCCAGACAGCAACUCCAACUUCAUGACAAGUGCCAAGGAUGCCAAUGAGAAUUGGCACGGGAUGCCAGGCCAAGGGGAGCCCAUCCCGACGAAGAACUCCUCAGAGCUGCUCCCUGAGCACCAGGUUUUCCAGGCCCCUGGACUUCCUGAGGGGGCCAUUCGCAGCCCACCAGAGGGGGCGGAGAUCCCCGGAGCUGAGCCUGAAAAGAUGGACAGUGCCAGCAAAGUCUGCUCCCCUCUGGAGGACAACGGUUAUGCCAGCAGCUCCCUGAGCAUCGACAGCCCUAGCAGCAACGCUGAAUCUGCCUGUGGGUCCCCUCGAGGGCCUGGUCCUACAGAUCCCCUUCUGCCCUCGGUGGCCCAGGCUGUGCAGCAGCUGCAGGCUCAGGAGCGCUACAAAGAGCGGGAGAAAGAGAAGCACCAUGUGCACUUGGUGAUGUACCGCAGGCUAGCCCUGCUCCAGUGGAUCCGCAGCCUGAAGCACCAGUUGUUUGACCAGCAGGCCCGGCUGCAAGAGAGCUUCGACACCAUCCUUGACAACCGGAAGGAGCUUAUCCGCUGCCUGCAGCAGAGGGCAGCAGCCUCGGGGCCCCAGGACCAGGGCUAAGGGUGUGCCUCCACAGGGCUGCAAGGGUGUGUGUGUAUCUUUGCAGACAUGCGUGUGCUGGUGUAUGAGUGCAGGUAAGUGUGAGUAUGGAUGUGCUAACGUCGGCAGGUGUGUGCAAGCAUGUGUGAAUCAGCAUCUGUGAAUGAGCUUGUCUGUGUUGUGCGUUCCCAUGUGUACCACAAGCUAACUUAUGUACAGACCUACGUGUGAGUGUGUAAGAGGGGACAUGUGUGUAGGUAAAAGCAUGUGUGAUGAAAUUUAGAUUUGCAUGCCCGAACAGAUACUCAAUAAUAUGCGUAUUGUGGCUGAAUGAGGAUGGACGUGUGUAUACGAGUGAGUUUGUGUGUGCAGGCUUAUGGGUGCAUGUGAGCAAGUUCUUGUGUGUCCAGGCCUAUUUAUGGAGCUAGGGGAGAGGCAUGUGUGCAGGCACAGACAUGGGAAGUGUGAAUCUGGAGUAUUUUCAGCACCAGUUCAGCACACAAGCAGAUGUGUGCUAAUAUAUAUUCAAAUCACAUGAGUGCCCAUGCACACCCUGUAGGCACACCCAUGGCCUACUCUAGCAGGGUCCCACUGCUCCCUGGCAAAAGGGAGUAAGUAGCCUGCUGUCAUCUGUCUGAGGGUGGAGACUGACCCUUCUGGGAUUUCCCAAGCUACCUCUCUUCCCUUCCCCGCACUCCUCCCAUACCUUUGAUCAGGUCACUGUCCCUGAUCAAAGAUGUUGUGGGAAGUUUGGUGGCUGCUUUGGCCUGCUAUGGCUUUUUGGCCACAAUUUUCCAGGGCAAAUGAUAGAGACUUAGUAUCAGGGGAAAAAACUAGGGGUAAUGAUAGAGACCAGGGUAGGAUUGGGGGCGAGGUCAGAGAAUAUAGGACACACUGUCCCUCUAGAACUCUGGCUUUGGGCACAUGGGAUGUGGGGAUGAAGGAGAUGAUGGUGGCAGAAACCUGUGAAGAACAAGAGAAUAGCAAAUAUAAAAUAUCAACUCCCAAACAAUAUGUCUCCAUGCAACGGGGCUAUAUAGCAAACCAUUUGAUUUAAGCUUCUGAUGAAAAGUUGUAUGUGCUAGUAUGUUAUAUGUCAAUUAUACCUCAAAUUAAAAGAAAAAUGAGGGCCUCGCUGGUGGUGCAGUGGUUAAAGACACAGCACUAUCAAGCCAGUGAAACAUGAGCUCUAACCCCACUAGGGAGCUAACCCAAAUAAUGUGGCUCUCCACAGCAGUGUAUUUUAGUAGAUCAGCCUGUCCUGUUCUC